GUCAGAAGCAAUACUCAAGGCGAAGAUCAUGUCGCACCCUCUGUAUCCGUCUCUCCUGAGAGCAUUCGUAGACUGCAGGAAGGUCGGAGCGCCACUGGAUGUCGCUGGCCGGCUGUCCUCUCUCACCGACGACCUCCAGUCGAAUUCCGGCGACUGGCGCCGUCCUGCAGAACUGCAGCCGGCAGCUGACCACGAGCUCGACCAAUUCAUGGAAACCUACUGUUACAUGCUGACGAGGUACGGACAGGAGCUAGGGAGGCCAAUACAAGAAGCCGAAGAGUUCUUCAGAGGCAUCGAGGCGCAGAUCGAAUCGUUGGCACUAGAUGAUGUUAGCUGUGAAGGAGAUGCUUCUUCGGAAGACGAGAACGCCGCCUUGCCGGAGAAUGGCGGCGGCGGCGGCGGCGCUGCUUUUGGAGAUACGGAGGUGACGACGAGCCACCUCCUGAACAAGUACAGCGGCUACAUGAGCAGCCUCUUGAGUGAGAUCUCGAGGAAGAAGAAGAAUAGCACAGGGCAUCUCCCCGGGAAAGCUCGCCAGAAGCUCCUCCAUUGGUGGCACCUUCACUACAGAUGGCCCUACCCAUCGGAGAUGGAGAAGGCGGCGCUGGCGGAGUCGACGGGGCUCGACAAGAAGCAGAUCACCAACUGGUUCAUCAACCAGCGGAAGCGGCACUGGAAGCCGACGCCGGCGGCGGCGGCGGCCAUGGACGUGUUUCUGCACCCGCCGUACGGCGCUUCGAGCAGCUCUUCUGCCGCACUCCGGCCGGUGGAAGGCGGCGGCGGUAGCUGGCAGCGCUGCUUCGAGUUCGACGGAGGAUGUGCGUAUCCGCGCGGUGGUCCGUGA